AUGCGGAGACGGAAAAUUGAAAGGAAGAACAAAAUAUUUGAAGUUAUGGAUCAGUUAGAGAAAAUUUCAAAUGAUUUAAGCGGAUCUAUAGAAGAUGGUCUAUAUAAAAUGGUCGUGGAUGAGACUGACUUGUCAUUGAAGAGACUAGAAGAACUACGUGCGCUGUUGCUUGAUUAUCAAAAUGAGAAGAGAAACCGUCAGACACAGGUUGAGGAAUUAGUGACAACUCUGAAUUUGCUGUGCUUGGUUCUUGGUGUGGAUUUUAAGAGCACAAUCUGUGAGAUUCAUCCCACAUUGAAUGAUUCCAAGGCUGUAAAGGACAUAAGUAAUAACACAAUUAAUAGUUUGACUGGUGCAGUAGAAAGAUUGAGAGAGGUCAAGAAGAAGAGAUGGGAGAAGCUUCAAAAUUUUGUGACUUCUCUGUUGGAGUUGUGGAAUUUGAUGGAUAUACCUAUGGUGGAGCAAAAUACAUUUCAUAAUGUAACUUGUAAAAUCGCAGCUUCCGUCUCUGAGAUCACUGAAACCAACAUGCUUUCUGUUGAAUUCCUUAACCAAGUGAGUAUGGAUGCCACUUGGGAAACUGUUGCUGUGAUUAGGGAUCAAUUCCUAGCUUUCAACCUUGAGGACAAGGUUGUACUCAUGGAGGGGAGUAAUGAUAGGUCUCCUCCCAUUAAGUUUGACACAUGCCCAACUCACCUCCCUUAUUCCCAAGACCGGAAAUCCUAA